AUGUGCUUUGACGUACGGAGUCUCGCGGUCGCAAGACUCGAUGACUUGGAGUGCAGAACGAUAGCACCGAACUCAAUCGACUACAACAAAUUGAAGGACCUAGUGAGAAUCUGUGAGAAGCGGCACAAAAGAUGUUGCGCGGCCGAACCACGUCCUAAAGUCUUGGGCCUCGAGGUAAUCGACACCAAAACACAGGAGGUCAUCAAAGCACCAGAUCAGUGCAAAUACCUAGCCUUAUCCUACGUGUGGGGAGAACAGUCGGGUGGCAGCCCUGGUCACAGCAUACAAAGUUCUCCACCUGUGAUCAAAGAUGCGAUUUCAGUUACCAACUCUAUGGGCUACAAUUACCUAUGGGUCGAUAGAUAUUGUAUCUCGGAUCCUGAAGAGCGGCCUCGAAUAAUCAGCCAAAUGGACCAGAUUUACGCAAACGCCUCUAUCACAAUCAUUGCAGCAGCGGACAGGGAUACCGAGAUGGGUUUGUGUGGGGUCUCCAUGCACCGCCAGCUACAGGAACGGGUCGAUAUCCAGGAUACUGCUUUACUGGAACUACCCUUUGGUCAUGAAAAUUUGACUUCCAGCAAAUGGGCCUCGAGAGCUUGGACGUAUCAGGAAGGCUAUCUUUCAACAAGACGCCUCAUCUUUACGAAUACUCAGAUUCUGUUUCUCUGUAACGGGAUGUACGCUGCAGAGUCUUCGCAGCAACUUUUGAAAGCCAACUGCUAUAGUGAUCACACAGAUGAGUUCAAACAUCUCAUCCCCGGGUUCACAGUCUCCAGACGCAGAUUCACAGCCCUGCGACUAGACGAGCCGAUCUUCCAAGUUGGUCUUGGACAGGAUGGGGUGGACCACUGA